UUACUGUCAGUGAACUGCGCUCCAGAGGACGACUAUCGCUGUUCACACAUACUGUAGCCCAAGUCAGGUGCUCGGACAGUCCCAUUGAGUUGGGUGGAAAAGGUCUGACUUCCACACUGACAGUUGUUUCCCCUGCUUGCUGAUGGGAAACAGGAAAAACAUCCCUUGAACCAGCAACCUGGCCUAUCGAGAAUGCUUUUCCACGACAGAGGCAACUGUCAACGGUUCACUGGCAAUCGCUGAGAUGUGAGAAGUGGUUAUGCCUCUGGUCAAGAGAAACAUCGAGCCUCGGCACCUGUGCCAUGGUGCGGUGCCUGAUGGGAUCGGCAAUGAGCUGGAAUGUGUGACCAACAACACGCUGUCUGCCAUCAUCCGUCAGCUCAGUUGUCUGAGUAAACAGGCAGAAAAUGUGUUUGGAGAGCUUUUCAACGAGGCCAACACCUUUUAUACUCGUGCAAACUCUCUCCAGGACCGUAUUGACCGCUUGGCAGUAAAAGUCACUCAGCUGGACUCCAACGUGGAGGAGGUGUCUCUUCAGGACAUAAACAUGAGGAAGGCCUUUCGAGGCUCUGCGGUCCAAGACCAGCAGGUUUUGUCCAAAGGCAGCACCCCCAGUUCUGUUGGAGAAAUGUACAACGGCUGCGACCGGCCUCCUCCUCUUGGUGCCCUCUCUUCUUACAGAGAGGACUCCGCUGAUGCAAUGAAAUUCUAUUCGGACCCAUCCUACUUCUUUGAUCUGUGGAGGGAGAAGAUGCUUCAGGACACCGAGGACAAGAGGAAAGAAAGGCGGAGACAAAGGGAGCAGAAGCGAUGUAUGGAAAGCAGCACCCUCCAUCGGGAGGUGAAGAAGGUGAGGAAGGCUCGAAACCGCAGACAAGAGUGGAACAUGAUGGCUUUUGAUAAAGAGCUCCGUCCAGAUCACCGACACCCAAAAACUCUUCGCCGAGGAGCAUCGUCAGAAAGCUCUCUCUCUCCAGACGGCAGGCCUGACCUUCUGGACUACCCAAUCCCUCCAGUACCUGCUCACGCUGCUUGUAACUACGCCAAGUCUCAUGAUCACAUCCCAGGAAACGCACAUCCCUCGCCACCUGUGGAGCACGAAUACCACAGCAUCGAUGUCAACUACAAGAGAGUAACCUAUGCUGCGGCAGAGCCUAACGUUGCCGGCAGAUUAGAUGGCUCUGCACGUCUGGCUACAGACUGCGGCUCCGUUCCACAACCUCCUCCCCAAGGCCCAUCCAUCCCAUCAGCCCAGACGGCGUUUGGCUUUCCACCGCCGCUGCAUAAUGGAGCUGUGCACAUAGGACCAGGUUACCCACUUCCACCUGUACCACCACAGGGGCCACGCAUGGCCCCGCCUCCCCCAGGUCCCCCGCCUCCACCUCUGCCUCCUCCAGCCGCGCCCUCACACCCACCGGGACACAACGAGGGCGGCAGGGCCGAAACGAAACCAGUCAGAGAUGCAAGAAGCGACCUGCUGUCUGCCAUUCGGAUGGGCAUCCGGCUGAAGAAAGUUCAAGAGCAGCAAGAGCAGCAGAACAAGCGGGAGCCAGAGGGAAACGAUGUGGCCACCAUCCUCUCCCGACGCAUUGCUGUUGAAUACAGUGACUCUGAGGAUGACUCUGAGCUUGAUGAAAAUGAUUGGUCAGACUGAAUCAAACUGAAGCUGAAGCGCCUCACUGUGGUCUACGUUGAAGGGACCCUAUAAAUAAGUGAAACUCAAUAGUGCUUAACCUUGCGUGGCUCUAUCUAUAUAUAUACGGAAUACACGGAGCCACUGCUGCUCCUCAUGUUAAUAAUUCUAGACUGUGUUGGUAUUUAUUGUGGAACUACUGUACUAUAAAUAAUCAUUUUAGACCACUAUCCUCAAUUUGAUGAGCAUUUACCUCUUCUACCCGAAAAAAUGCAUAAACUCUGUUUUUUAAUUAAUUUUAAAUGGAUGAUUUGUUAGUCCUUGUUUGAAUAAAAUUACUUCUAGAUCAAAACAGACCAAUUAAAAACAGUUCCGUCCCAUAAUAAUUAAAAGUCUAUAGUCACCAGACCUUUCAAAUAAAAUCUGAAAAGCCUAUGUUAGGGAAUAUAGACACCAAUAUAAAUAAAACAUGUUGUGACUGGCUGUCGUCCAUGUCCGUUCUAUCGUAUCAGGGUCUCUUUCUGUGCUUCUACAGCCUUGCUGAUAGGAAACUGGCCAGACGCAAUGUCGAUGUUAUGAGGGCGUGUGGGACAGAGGUUUAUGAAAUGCAGCAAAAUCUUAGAGAAAUAACUCUUUUGUUUAUUAUUGUAUGUAUUAAACAUAUUAUUAUAUACAACUCCCCAUGUUAAAUAUUUUAGACAUUUUCUACGUUUGUCUAUACAUUUAAAUAUCUUCCCAUGUAUUGUUUGCUAUGAAGAGUUUUGUAAAAUGCUUAAAUAUUAAUGAAUGUUAAAUAUUAAUUACGAAAAAAUAAACCUCUUAUGUGAA